AUGAAGAAUCUCGGAUCUGUUCUUGUGCUGCUGGCAGCAUCGGCCUCGUACGUGGCCGCGAUGCCCGCCGGAGACAUGGCCGCCCGGGCCGCUGCCUACGACGAUGCCCUCGAGAUCUAUGCUCGGGGCGCCAACGGAAACGCGGCUGAUGCCGGCGUCGAUGUUCUCGACCUCGCCGAGGACGAGAGGACUGCUGCCGCGGCCGCGGCCGACCCGGCCACCGCCGCUACUCUGCCUCCCCCGCCUCCGCCUCCUGCCGGGACUGGCGUGGCCCCUCCUCCCCCUCCUCCCGUCGACCCCGACGGCAAGGGCAAGGGAAAGGGCAAGGCCGACCUUGAAGCCAAGGGAAAGGGCAAGGCCGACCUGGAGGCCAAGGGCAAGGGCAAGGUAAACGGCGCUGCUGGAAACUCCACUGUCGCUGACCCAGCCGGUAAGGGCAAGAAGGGCAAGGGCAAGGACCGUGGCAAGGGCAAGAAGGGUAAGGGCAAGGACCGUGGCAAGGGCAAGGCCGACCUUGCAGGCAAGGGCAAGGGUGCGGCUGCUGGAAACUCUACCCUCGUCAACCCGACGAAUGGCGCUGCCACGAACGGCACUGCCGGCGCUGGCAAGAAGAACAACAACGGCAAGAAGAACAACAACGGCAAGAACAGGGGCAAGAAGAACAACGGAAAGAAGAACAAUGGGAAGAAGAACAACGGAAAGGACAACGGCAAGAAGAACAAGGGCAAGGCCGCAGGCCAGCAGAACGGCAUUGACGGCAUCAUCCAGAACCUCCAGAACCAGCUCACCCAGAUCCUCGGCGGCGGUGCCGGUGCCGGAGCCGGUAUUAUCGGCAAGAACAACGGCAAGAACAAUGCUGGAGCAGGAGGCGCCGCCGGCAACGUGGACAUCGCAAACCUGCUGAGGCUCCUCGGUCGCGACCUCGACGCCGCUGCCCGCGUCGACGAUGCUCUGGACCUUGACGACGAAUAA